AUGGACUCAAUUCUUGGUAUGGUUGAAGAGAAAAUUGCAGCAGCUUGCAAUGUAUCAUUGACUCGGCUUUUCACUAUUGACGACGUUAAGGAAGCAAUUUUCUCAAUGCAUCCGGAUAAGGCACCAGGUCCUGAUGGACUUAAUCCGUCUUUUUAUCAAAGCUUUUGGUUGUGGUCGGUAAGGAUUUGUCUAAUGGGAUACUCAAUUGUGUCAAUAAUAAUGGAGUCAUUCCGGGAUUGCAUUGCUGAAGCUCAGAGUGCUUUUAUUACCAACAGAUAUAUUUUUGAUAAUGCCAUGAUAUCUUUUGAGAUCAAUCACAACUUGAAACGAAAAACGCAGGGAAAGAUAGGAUUUGCUACUUUGAAGACAGACACAAAUAAAGCCUGUGACAGAGUGAAGUGGAAUUUUCUGAAAAAUAUGAUGGAUUGGUGCUCUAGAAGUGAUAAGCUUAUUGUUGGAUUACUUGGACUAGAGGUUGUGGAAUCGGAGGCGAAUACCAUUAAGCAUUGUCUACUGCUCUAUCAGAAAGUGUCUGGCCAGCAGGUUAACUUUCAUAAAUCGAAAGUAUAUUUUAGCAAGAAUAACACAGAUGAGGUAAAGGAUGUUGUUGCAUCUAUUCUACAUGUGAAAAAAGUUGAUAAACCUGGUCAGUAUCUUGGUUUGCCAACUAGUUUGGGACGCAACAAAAAAGAGGUUUUUAAUUUUAUCCUGGCUAAGAAAGGGUGCGUUAAAUGCAUUGGUAAUGGCCUUGAUACUAAGAUUUUUAAUGAUCCAUGGUUACCCACUGGACAAUCGAUGUUUAUUCGAAGCAUCCUUGAUGAGGGCUUGUUGGACUUGCGUGUGAUGGAUAUUAUUGACUAG